GUUAACACGUAAUCCGUGACGUCAGACUCCUGACUUCCCUGUGGUAGUGUGGGAUCUCUUCUGCCGGUUUAAUAUCACAUUACAAAGUGUCCAUCAGGCCUUGCGCUCAUCCCGAGGUGUGUCCACUUGAGUCGCAGCCCUGCAUUUCAAAACAGAAGACGAGUGUUUCGCCAUGAACUCUGACAUGGAUGGUGACAUAGAAAAUCAGGUGGAGUUGGAGGAGAAGACCAGACUUAUAAACCAGGUCCUUGAGUUGCAGAACACCCUUGAGGAUCUCUCAGCUCGGGUGGACGCAGUUAAAGAAGAAAAUUUGAAGCUAAAAUCAGAGAACCAGGUUCUUGGGCAGUACAUUGAGAACCUAAUGUCGGCAUCUAGCGUGUUUCAGACUACUGACUCUAAGAGCAAACGGAAGUAAGAGAGCAUCCUCUUUCCCAGCAUCCCUUGUGUAGACGACACCCCCAUGCAGAGAAACCCUUGCCAUAUCAGCGCAUUUAAAAUUCCUUUGCCACUAAAAUCGUAAAUGUUUACAUUUCUUUUAUCAGUAUUGAUGUUUCAUCUUCAACAACUUUGUUAUACAUAUUACACUAAAAUCAUUUUAUAAGAUAUUAAGAUGUUAAACUAAGACUUUAUAUGUUAUUUUGUAGUUUUUUUUUUAUUUAAUAUUAUUUGUAAUGUUGUUUAAAACCGUAAUAUGUAUUUUAUGUAAUUUUUGCUUUGUAGACAAGGGUACAGCUGUGAUGCCGUGACAGUUGCUCUCUCCCGCUGAGCUGUUUGUCUGUAUCAGCACUGACUAUACUCAAGCUGAGAGAAAACAUUUCAGGUCAUUCUGAUCAGGGAAUGAAAUUUCAACCCUUUCCUUGGUGCUAUCAACAGAAGGGAGUUCUCUGGCAUGCGUCACAUCUGUGCCUCUGACUGUCUUAAUGUAUUUGUUGUGUUUGGAUGUGUAGAAUCUAACUAUAUGGUGUGGCAUUGCAAAUGCCUGUUUUAAUUAAAACAAAUAUCAUUUGCUGUGCUGUGAGCGAGUCUUUAGGCCCCUGUGGUGGUUUGCUUCUCGUUCAGUCGCCUCACUUCAUCUGGGAUUCAAGUCUACACAUAUUCCACCCGAGUUUGAGGAUUAUAUCAGAAUCUCUGCUCUCAUCAGAGGAGUGAGGAACUGAGUCUCAUAGAGUAGCGUUGCCUUCCUCUCCUCAACCCUUGCUUUAAAUUUUGAAUCUUCAUCUGAAUGUAUCUCCCUCUUUCACAGGGUUACCAAAGGUGUUCGGAAGGACAAAUCAACUAGUGCUUAAAUAUGCAGUAACCAAUAUGUUGGAGUGAGCAAAUCCAAGAUUAAAGCUUCUGAUUCUAGCUGAA